GAAGUUGAUUAAGGAAGGAAACAGAGAAAUACAGGGACAGAAAUGGGGAAGCACGGAGUGCACAAAUCUCAGAAUCGUACUCAUGCUGAACACAUCAACACAUAGAUUCAAAGAUGAUGUUUUUGCUGCUGUCGCUGAUGUUGGCAUCAUGUGCUGCAAGUCCUCAAGAUCUUUCAGGUAAAAUGUUUAACUUCCCACAACAAACCAAGACUGCUCAUGUGAAGCUGACAACAUCACGUGUGACUUUGACCUCUGCAACCCUCUGCCACAGGUCCUUCACAGACCUCAAACGAGACCACGCCCUAUUGUCUAUGUCCACACAGUCUCAAUCCAAUGCCUUUUUGAUCUUCUGGGAUAAUGCACAUAAGGAGAUGGAGCAUCAUGUCAUUGAUCAAAAGAUCGAAUAUGGAUGGUGUGACUACAAGCCAAACACGUGGCACUCUAUUUGCACAACAUGGGACUCUACGUCUGGAAUAGCGCAGCUAUGGUUUGAUGGACAACCUUCCAGCAGGAGAUUUAUCACCACUGGAACAAUCAGUGGAACCACAAUAACUGUGUUAGGACAGGAGCAGGAUGUCCAUGGUGGGGGGUUCGACUUACAGCAGUCUUUUGUUGGCAUGAUGUCUGAUGUCCACAUGUGGGACUACACCCUCUCCGCCUGUGAGAUCCAGAAGUACAUGGAUGAACUAAACUUCACUCCGGGGAAUGUGCUCAACUGGAGCGCUCUGGAGUUCCAGAUCAUCGGAAGAGUGCUGAUAGAAAAUAAACAAAUGACCUGUCACUAAAGAACUGUCACUGUAAAGAUUGAAAAAGUGAAUGCUUUUAUGUAUGAUCAAACGUAAUGAAGUCAACAUGUUAAAGAGUUUUUGAUGGUUCAGAUAAUCUUUUCCUGUGUGCACAAAACAUUACUUCAAGUUUCAGCUCAGUCUACAACCAUGUUUCUGUAGUCUUUUGACACCAUAUUUUUCAAUAAAUGUGUCCUUCAAA